CUAUAACAACACAAACACUCGUUAUUGUCACCAGAUACAAUUCACAAUUGCAGUGUGGCCACCCCCUUGACCAAAACAAAACGGUUGAUGGUUCUGCAAGACUAGGGCCAGUUUUAAGCAUCUUCUCCACCCUUGCCAAAGGCGAAACAGCAGCGUAGCGUCCAACGACCCCUAGCCCAGCCGUCUCUGACACAUCUCGUCUCAACUCGUCCUACGUUAAAAAAAAAAAAAAAUUCACCGUCGACAGAACGAUCGGAUCAGCUCCUGACACAGGUCCUCCUCAGUGCGAAACUCUUCCCAGCGUCUGAUCAACACCUUUGGCCAACGGCCCAUCAUCCCUGUCGUCGGAAAGAAGUUCAAGGGAAAAAUCGUUCUUCCCAUCCAUGAGCCGCGCUAACCGUACAGUGUGUUGUCGGCGGUCCACACUCAGAACCCGGUCAAUUGGCACGCACCCGGGAUCCAGUUGUUGACUGACGGUCCUCCACUACUGCGUACGUACUAGUUACUACGGUACAGGUUUAUGGUAGUACUUGGUAAUCACUGUUGUGUGGGUUGAAAGAGUCCCCGCCCGGGUCGGUCGUCGACACCCCAAGGGUUCGUUGUCCACACUUCUCUCGGACUGGCGUAAUAGCUAGGUUUCUUCGCUAAAGCCAAAAGGACAAGAAAAUAGGAGAGAGUUUCAUGGACAGCUGACAUCCGAAAAGUCCCAAAGGUUCCCACUCUACCCUGCCGACAUCCCUUGUCAUCACUCAACCCCUCCCCCCUUGUUGCUUGCUCUGCUUGUAUCUCGCGCGUUCCUCUUAUGACCCUAUGCCCACCCAUCGCUUACAACCUUAAACCUUUUUUGUUUUUCCUUCCUCCGCUUCUACUUCUACUUGGCGUAGUAGUUGAAGAUUCUACGGCGGUCCCGUGAGUCAAGGUCAAACUUCAACCUUCCUUUUCAUUCUCUUCCCUCGCUGCUGGAUCAGAUCACUCUUUUUUAUUAUUCCGAUUGGGGGUCGACAACUUCCUCUUUCGUUACAUUUUUCUUGUUUGUCCGUCUGUCUUUGUUGGUUCCCAUUGGGGUUUAUUUGCCUGGAAUAUAUUAUACACAUUGUAAUUUGGGAGGGCCGCUGGAAGAUAAAACUGGGAGUGCCUGGAUACGAGUCAAAUCGCCAGAGCUCCUGCACCCGAAGGUUCGGCGCCGACAUACGCUCUUUUUAACGAACAACGAUCGAUCGAGACGAUUCCGGUCGACCGCAUCAUAAGUCGGCACCUGUCGCAGGUCGACAUCCCAAAAUACACCUAAUACACGAAUUUAGCCUCUAAAGGCAAUCGCCGUCAAAAUGUCGGUCGGAGAGUUUCUGGCUAAGCAGCUCACGGCGCAGAAGCUUUUCUUCAACAUUAGCUUUUGGGGAUUUCACAUAGCCAUCUUUGCCUAUGGUUGGUGGAAGCAGUUUUCAGACCCCCGUCUGGCCGGUCUGAAUACUCUUACUUUCUCCGUCUGGAUUUCUCGAGGUGCCGGUUUGGUGCUUUCCGUCGAUGGAAUGUUGAUUCUGCUGCCCGUCUGCCGAACCAUCAUGAGGUGGAUCAGGCCCAAGAUCCGCUUCAUCCCCUUUGACGAGAACAUUUGGUUCCAUCGCCAGAUCGCAUAUGCCAUGCUGAUAUUUAGCAUCACCCAUACCGCUGCGCAUUAUGUCAACUUCUUCAACGUCGAGAGAUUGCAAAUUCGUGCCCAAACUGCUGUUCAGAUUCACUAUGCGCAGCCUGGUGGUGCCACUGGUCACAUGAUGCUGUUGUGUAUGCUUCUCAUGUACACUACAGCUCACCACCGCAUUCGUCAACAAUCCUUCGAGACUUUCUGGUACACCCACCACCUCUUUAUCCCGUUCUUCCUCGGUCUCUACACCCACACUGUGGGAUGCUUCGUGCGUGACACCGUCGAGCCGCACUCGCCGUUCGCUGGAGACGAGUAUUGGAACCACUGUAUCGGAUACCUGGGUUGGCGUUGGGAGCUGUGGACUGGUGGCUUUUACCUGAUUGAGCGCCUUUACCGCGAGAUCCGUGCUCGUCGUGAGACCAAGAUCACCCGUGUCGUCCGCCAUCCUUAUGACGUCGUCGAAAUUCAGUUCAACAAGCCCUCCUUCAAGUACAAGGCUGGCCAAUGGCUCUUCCUGCAGGUACCCAGCGUCUCAAAGUACCAAUGGCACCCUUUUACUAUCACAUCCUGCCCGUACGACCCCUACGUCUCGGUCCACGUUCGUCAAGUCGGUGACUUUACCAAGGCCCUCGGUGACGCCACUGGCGCUGGAGCCGCUCAGGCCAAGCUCUACGAAGGAGUCGACCCUAUGGGUAUGUACGAGGUCGCACUCCAGAACGGCCAACAGAUGCCCAUGCUCCGCAUCGACGGUCCCUAUGGUGCUCCCGCCGAGGACGUGUUUGAGAACGAAAUCGCAGUCCUGAUUGGAACUGGUAUUGGUGUCACCCCUUGGGCCUCGAUUCUGAAGAACAUCUGGCAUCUGCGCAAUGGCCCGAACCCGCCCACCCGUCUCCGACGUGUUGAGUUCCUGUGGGUUUGCAAGGACACCAGCUCCUUCGAAUGGUUCCAGACUCUUCUGUCCUCGCUCGAGCAGCAAUCAACAGAUGCUGCUGGUCUCCCUGGCAGCAACGGUGUCGAGUUCCUCAAGAUCCACUCAUACCUCACUCAGAAGCUCGACAUGGACACCACCCAGAACAUUGUGCUCAACUCGGUUGGCGCUGCCCUCGACCCUCUCACUGAGCUCAAGUCCCGGACCAACUUUGGUCGCCCCAACUUCACUAAGCUGUUCGCCUCGAUGCGUGAUGGUAUUAUGGACAGGACAUAUCUGAGUGGCCUGGAGGGAAGCAUGAAGACCACUGUGGGAGUCUAUUUUUGCGGUCCUUCAGCAGCUGCUCGUGAUAUCAAGGCUGCUUGCAAGACUGCAUCCGUCAAUGAAGUCGAGUUCCGCUUCUGGAAGGAGCAUUUCUAGACGCUCCAUACCAGCAUUUUGCAUCUUUACUUUUUCUGCCUUUGGCGUUAUUCCGCCACUUAUUCUAUACCACAGGGAAAAGACUGCCGAAAAAUAUCACGACGCAGAGGCUUCUAAAACCCUGGGAGAACGGCGUUUGCGGGGAGAUGAACUACAGAGCCGGAAGCGUGGUAUCAAGAAUGGCCACUGUCAAUUCCUGUUUUCGAGCAUCAAACAUACUUCAUACUUACGCUCUACAUUCUUAUUUCACCAUGUGCUUUACAUCCCUCGUGCUUUCAUACCAGUUGAAUUUUGGAAACUGGCGACGCGAGCAAAUAUUCGGACGGUUUUAUACUGAGUGCAGCUGAAGCUCGUUUCGAACAAAUCGAAGUGGGCGGUAGGGGAUGGAUUCGACGGGACAAUAUAACGGAAGAGAAGAUACAUCAUUCGGCCUGCCUUGAUCUGCUCUCAGACAAAGGAAGCCCAUUUUUUGUGUCGGGAGGGGGGCCUAAAGUGGCGAAAUCUUAUUGAUCUUUACAUUCAGAUAUCCGGCGGACUCCUUUUUUCACUUACAAUGUUAUAAAUAUCCAGCAAAUUUCAACAUCAUCAAAGAAGAAAAACUUCGAC